AUGGCACCAAAAAAAGAGCAUAGUAAUGAUCUUCGUACUCUGGUGAUUAAACAUUAUCAGAACGAUAAGUCACCACGUGAAAUAGCGGCGAAAACAUUACUUCCUCGAUCUUCAGUUCAAUAUAUAGUCGACAAAUAUAAAUCAACAAAAUGUAUUGGUAAUUUAUUUGGACGUGAUCGCAAAAGAAAAACAACCGCAAGGGCGGAUCGACUUAUUCAACGCCAACGAUGCAUUUUUAUGCAUGAUAACGACCCGAAGCACACUUCAAGACUAAUUAAAGAUUGGCUUACAGCAAAAGGAAUUCAAACCUUUCCUUGGUCACCAUAUUCGCCGGAUUUUAAUCCGAUAGAGAGUUUAUGGAACGCGCUUGAGCGAAGGGUCAAAAAACAUCAAUCGAAAAACAUUACAGAAUUUGGACUUCAAUUAAUACAUGAGCGGAAUGAAAUUGAAUUACCUGUAUUUGAAAAACUAGUAAAUUCAGUUCUUAGUCGAUUAUAUCAAUGUAUUAAAAUGAAAGGUUAUUCAACUAAAAACUAA